AGGGCUAUAAAAAGAAGUUGGGGGAGUUCAGUGCUCAUCAUAACUGAUUGGAGCUAACCACCAAACCAGUCUGACUUCACUUUAUAUCUCUGGUACACAACUUUUACUUUUAUUACACUGAGGAGAAGCCACCACCAGAGAUCAUCAUGGUCAACAUGCAAAAUCUGGACUUUAAAAUUGUGUUCAUUUCCCUCUGCAUUUUACACCUCUUCACGCUCUAUGAGGGGCGCCCCCUAAGAAAAAGGACGGUGAGUGAGGUCCAGCUCAUGCACAACAUCGGGGAGCUCAAGCAGGUGCAGGAGCGUCGGGAGUGGCUGCAGAUGAGGCUGCAGGGCAUCCACACCGCGCCGGCCCGGGGCAGCAGCGGGGAGGCGGACCGAGCGAGGAGGAGACUGCGUCCCGAUGAGCUGCCCGACCUCAGCGACAUGACAACGGAGGACAUCCAGUACGCUCUGAACCUAUUGGAUAAACUUCUCAAGUCUAAGCAGUCUUGAUUUUCGUUGAUUUCAUUUGACCUUUUAGAGUACUUUCAGCACACUUUUUAUGGACCUGUUCUUUUUGGUAUAAAACGUCUUAUCGUCUAAAUGUGUUUUUUGAGAAUUUUAUUUUUAUUUAUUUUACAUUCAUACAAUUUCAUUUUAAUAAAUGAAAUUGGUAGGCUAUUUAUGAAAUUUAUAGAGGGAAACUGGCUUGACGAGGCAACAAUUUCACGUUGUGUAUGCACUUUAAUGUAACAGGUGGUGUAAACCACUCCUAAAGCUACUUACCUUAUCAAACUGAGGGAGAUGAAGAGUUGGACCAACAAAUGCACUUAAACAACAAAUGAAAAAUAUUUUUUAUAUGUCUUUAACUGUAUGAAAUGAGCCCUUUAUUUUUAUAAGUAGCAUAGGCCUAUGUGUUAGGCAUGUGUGAUAUGUAUAAAUAAAAAAUGAAUAAAUUA